CGCUUUUGAGUUAGUGUAGUGAAAACACAGAACAGCAAAAAUAUUGAUUUUUAUUUUAAUUGCAAGUGAGACAUAAUUGAUGCUUAUGUUCACCAUUUCUGUCGUGAAAAACCGUGCCUUUUUGGAAAACUAUCGUACCAAGCCUACAAUAUGUUAACCCUGCACACAUUUGUUUUUGCUGUGUUCACUGUCUUUAAUGCCGGCGCGCAGUAUGUGUAUAAUCGGCAGUUGGCUCCCAUACAAAACUGCGCUACUGCUCGCGAGCAAAUCCUGGCUGUGGAAAACGCAAAACCCGACUCGGCUGCUUUUACUUCAAUUUGGUCCCGCAGAAAAUCUGGGGAUAAAGUGGACUGGAUUCCAGAAUGUGAAGCGGAUGGAUCUUUCAAAAUUUACCAACGCAGCCUAACGGCUGGACCCUUCUGUGUUACGCCCAAAGGUCUUUUUGUUCACCAACCGAAAAGCGCGCGUACCAGCAGCAUUCGAUGCGAGUGUCCGGUGCAUGUUUACGAUAUACUGGCUUUACAAAAUGGCAAAACGGGUCUAUUGGUUCCCACGUGCCUGGAUGACGGAAGCUACAGUCCCGUGCAGUGCCGGUCGAGUCAGCUGGUCAAAAGCGGACGCUUCAAGAGCGCAUGUUACUGUGCUGAUCCCAAUGGACGCUACCUGGGAGAUCUUCCGCCAUACAAAGAUGGAUCUUUCUGUUCAAAAAUCCAGAGAACGUUCAAAGGAAAAACUUAUUAUUAGCUGGCGAAAGCGCUUAUUGUAAUAUUGUCAGUAAAAAAUGUGCUUCGUAAAAAUUAUGCAGAUAUUGAAUACCUACUCGUAGCAAACAGCAGUAUUGUAUGAAUUAAAUAGAGAAACACACGUAAUUUCAAACAGGCUGUAGCUGCCUAAAUAUUAUUGCUGGCAUUGUAGAAUAAUUGUGGACCUUUUAGGUUAAUGGUACCGUGCAGCUACAACUAAAUAGAAUUGUUGCACCAUUAAACCGAAAAACGA